AUGCCUUCCCUUCGCUGUGCCCUCGUUUGCAUCCUCACUACACAGGUGGCGGUCGCCCGCAAUUGCUCCGAGCGGUCGGGUGGCGCCUUCGUUACAAUCCGGGUAGGGGAGAACGAGUCUGUCUCGCCUUGGGUAGAGGACGAGGACUUCAUAGAGGCAGCCAUUGCCCAUGCAGUUCGCCCACCAGGCACGCUGACUACUGACAAGUCAUCCAAAGCCGUGGGAAGGAUCCCUGUGUUCCAUCAGAUUCUAUCUGGCAGCGACUGCGACAAGUGGUCCUGGCACGUGGACCCGAAGAAUGUUGGUUGGGCAGAACUGGCGGUCGAGGUUUGUGACGCCUCUCCACGCUACAUCGAGGAGCACUCGGAGGCAUGGCGUACAUCACCUGGCCGCUGGUGCCCAUGGAAAGUCCAGGUGCUCAAAGUUGAGGAUCGGAGAGGCAAGCGCCCAGAGUUCAUCAGCAAGCCUGCGUUGCGAGGAGAGUCCGGCACCGUGUCCAACUUUGGCUCCACGCUUGGGUCGACCUUCGGUAAGUCUGAUGACCUCUGGAGCCACUCGGACGUAUUUGUACACGGCGGUCUUUCGAACAUGGGGCGCCAGAUUUCAAAACAGGAUCCUCCGAAAUCGAUGGCGCAGGGAGGGUUAAGUGGAACUGCUCAGUUGUCCCAGUCUGGAACGAGCACGGCAACCGGUGCAAAUUUUGUGCCAUGGACGAAGGCACUUGGGUCAGUCAUUGCGAGCCCGGGCAAGCUGGCAAGUCCGAAGACGAAAGCCUCUAAGCUUACAGGCAAGGCGAAGUGCUCGCCAGAUGUUCGGCGUGCGUUUCGCUCGAAGCCGGUGGAGAAGUGUAGCUGUGCAACGAUUACGGCCGUGUGGUCUGCCUGCGACACUUUCUGGGAGAUAGACACAACACACUCUGGCGCCAUUACAAGACAGGUGUACAUGGACUUCUUGAAGUACAUUUGUCCCUCAGUCAACACGCUCCGCAUGCUCCGCAGGGCAAGGCUUGAGUGCCGCUUCCGCAGCUCGGCUGUGCCUGUCAGACUGGAGGAUUUCCUUGCGAUGGUGUGGCCGACUGCUACGAUCGAGGAUGCCACUGCCAGACAUGUUCAGGUCUUGACUUCAAGUCCAAUGCGGCGCUGGCCGAAGGACCGUGCAAAGAUGCUGAGAUGGGCCGAGCUUCGGGAGGCGUUGGCCGUGGUUCGCUUCAUUCAAGUUUGCGCUUGGGGUUGGUAUGCCGCCAUAGUCGCUGCUGGUUGUAAUUCAACUCACAUGUCACUGCCCUCACCGCAAAGCUCCAGUUCGGAUGCGAAUCGCUGCCUAUGCUGCUCCUGCUCGCAGCUGGGCGUGUCAAAUCCUGUCAUGCAGUCGCACUCGAACGCCUUAAACAUCGUUGCAGUACCCUCCAUGAACCUCGAGAUAGACAAUGAAGACGAGAACGAUGACGGGACCAGCAAGUCAUGGCCAUGCGCCUCUAAUCACAAGCCAAUGUGGGAUUAG